UUAACCCGUUAACCCUUGUUUCAAAAAAAAAAAACAUUUGUAACAUGAGACGUCAGUGUUCAAAAAAAAAGUACACAUGACAUCAGACAUCAUACUUUUUUUCAUACGCGUCUGUGACCAAAGUCAAAGUCUUCGAAGAGCAAGUCCAGUUAUAUAUAUAUAUAUAUAUAAUACAUUCUAAAUUACUAAUGCUGGACCAAUACUACUUUAAAUAAUUAAAGACCAACUUUUGGCAAGGAAGAAGAAGACCAGGUUAUAUACUAUAUAGUAUAUGUUUGUUUUCCUUCAAAUUCUAAAAUACAAGCUCCUGAACCGUACUUACAUUUUGACAAUCUAAGUUCUCUCCUCUCCUUUGAUCCUCUCCAAUUACAUCUUCUUAAAACCCUAACGAAGAUCUCUGACAACACCCACUCAGACCAAUGGGUUGCUUCUGGAGUAAGAACCAACCGCCGUCAGAUGGAGAGCUACAGAACAUACUAGGGAAGCCACUUGAAGACAUCAAAAAGCUUUACAGCUUCGGCAAGGAACUAGGCAAAGGUAACUUGGGAACAACGUACAUGUGCGAGGAGAUUCUCACAGGCAGAAGCUACGCCUGCAAAUCCAUUCAAAAGGGUAAGCUAAAAAGCCAGGAAGACAAAGAAGCUGUGAAGAAGGAGAUUGAGAUCAUGUUUCGCCUUUCGUGUCAGCACAACAUAGUCAGUAUCAAGAGCGUGUACGAGGACAGAGAGUGCAUACACGUAGUGAUGGAACUGUGUGGUGGUGGAGAGCUAUCAAGUAGGAUUGAAGCACAUAGCUAUUACUCGGAGAAAGAUUCUGCUGGAAUCUUGAAGUCUGUCGUGAUUGCUUUGCAGACUUGUCACUCGAUGGGUGUGAUUCAUCGUGAUGUCAAGCCUGAGAACUUCUUGUUCUCGAGUGAGGUUGAGAACACCGUGCUCAAAGCUAUCGGUUUCGGAUCUUCUGUUUACAUCAAACAAGAAACAGAACUGAAGAGAAAAGUGGAGAGUAAAUACUACCUUGCCCCUGAAGUAUUACAAGGGAAAAGCUACGGGAAAGAGAUUGACAUUUGGAGUGCAGGUGUUAUAUUAUACCUUCUACUCUGCGGCAAGCACCCAUUUGAGACUGAACAUAGCUGGAUCAAAAUACAAGCUCCAUAUAAGCCUAUUGAUAAUGUUCUGGUAUUGCGCAUGAAGAGAUUUGGAGCUAUGAACAAGCUUAAGAAGCUAGCUCUUAAUGUUAUCGUAGAGGGUCUAGAAGAAGAGCUAAUCAAAGAUGAUAAAGAUAGGGAUUUUAAGAAUAUGGAUACUGACGGAACCGGGUCAAUAACUUACGGAGAACUAAGAAACGGGCUGAAUGCACCUAGAUCUCAUCCUAACAUCUCUCUAAGUGAAGCUAAGCAACUCAUGGAAGCCGCUGAUGUGGAUGGCAAUGGAAGAAUGGACCUCUACGAGUAUAUCUCAGCGACUACGGAGACAAACGUACUUGUUACAGAUGAAAAUUUGCACAAAGCGUUCCAGUUCUUUGAUAAAGAUGGUAGCGGGUACAUAACGAAGAAUAACUUGAAGCAUGUUGUGGGAGAUGAGGCUAAUGCCAAAGAUAUCAUAUCAGAAGUUGAUACAGAUAAUGAUGGAAGAAUAAACUAUGAGGAGUUUUGUGCGAUGAUGAGAGAUGGUAAAUUGCAGCCACAAGGGAGACGUGUUAGGAUAAAUUGAUGCUCAUAAGCUCUUGUUCUUGUCUCACCCGAAAGCGGUUUUGUUUGAACAGAUGAAUAGCUAAACCGAGGUGAGAGUUGUUAAUCUGGAAAUUGUAUUACUGUUCUAUGUAUUCUUGUAAGUUGUAACUUGAGAAGUUCCUCGAUUCUUACCAAAGACUCUUUGGUAUUUGCUUUUUCUUUUAAUUCUGUAUGAUUUUAAAUACUUGUGAAAAUCUAUUAAAUGGGUAUUGUUUAAA